CCUCAAUUUGCUAAGAAUUUUGAUAUCUUGCGAAUUCGAGACAUGUGAGCUAUUCGUCCAGCCCUAGGUACGGAAAAUGGACGUCUGGACUGGCGCAAUCUCUCUGGAUGGCGGAACACAACUUCAAGGCCUACAAUUGGUCGAUAGAUCAUCUAACUGGCAAUCCGAUUUAUCGAAAGAGACAAUCCUUAGCUUGCGCUGCUUCGUGAACCCGGCGCUCAUUCCGCUCUACGCGCGAUCUGGUCCGAACCUCGAACUACAUGCGGGGAACCCGGAAUCUGCGGCAUGGCUCAAGGAAAAGUUGACGGGUACGAUUUGGUUGGAAGAAGACGAGCUUGACCGGCUACAAACAUUUCAGUGCCCUGUUGGUCUGCUCGUACGUGUGGACAACGGCACGGCAUACAAGAUCUCCAGUACCAGCACCACCGACCUUCUGAUCCACGGCAUCCUCUCUACAACCACCGUGUUCGAAAGGCCCCCCACCCCGCCUGGAUCAACAUCAUCAGAAUUGGCUGAUCACGUUCUUCCCGUCACUAGACAAGAGCUGAGAAUCUACGCUACUCCUCUAUCCGCAUCCCUAAUCGCCAGAGCACAAUCCGCGUCCCCCCCUCCCAAUACCGAAAACACCACACACGAUGACGAUUUCGCCCACUUCCUCCUGGAUAUCUACCCCUCCAGUCCCAAACGCAAGCGGGUCGCCACUCUCUUCGAGUCUGUUACACAGCAUCAUAAGAUAGUGCGCCGGAAGGGCGGCGAGGCGGUGUCGCAACUAAUGGCCCAUUCCCUCUCGCACCCCCCUCAACAGCAACUACAAGCGCUACGGGUCAAGCGCGAAUCCGAAGAGCCCUCCCUCCCCCAGAUCGGACGCAUUGCGUCGCAGCGAGCGCGCUCCCUUUCCAUCGGAGCGAACCUUGCAGGCAAGGGGCUCGAUAGUACGCGACCAAGCAGCAGACGAGGCCAAUUACGGGACAUCCAUUCCAGAAAAGGUACACCCAAUCCGUUCCUCGAUCCCGCUCCCGCCACGACAACGACAUCCCGACGGGACUGUGAACCGUCACCCUCGUUACCCCCCGGUGGGAAAGUCGAAUACCCGACAACCCCCAAAGACGCGGAGACGAUCAUCUCCGAGAACAAAAAUACAAUUACGCGGACGAUCUUAACGUGCAUGCGGCUCUAUGGGUUCAACCGGACGACGGCGACACGCUCGGGAAGUUCCAGUAGACCGCAGACAGGGUCCGGAGCGGGACAUCCGGACAUGACACCGGAGGAGAAGGAGGCGCGCAUGACGGGGGAUGCUGGGUCGGGUGCCGAUGAAGAUGAGUUCAAGGCCAUGUACCAUGCGACCUAUCGCGCGUCGACGUUCGCUUUACGGAAGUAUUUGAAGGGGUCGGCAACGGCAGGUGAAGCUGGGAUGACGUGCCUUCCACCGCUACUGGAGAAGGCGAAGGCAAUGACGUACAUUGAUGAGUUUUUGAGACUGUUCUGUGAGGAAAAUUAA